AUGGAAGACUCAUAUAUUCCCUUAGUCAAAAAUUACAUUAUUUCUCACCCAACUAUCUCCCUUUUUUCUCUGUCCCAGUCUCUACAAAUCCCUCAUAUUAAUCUAGAAAACCUGAUUCUUAAAGUUUUAGCUGAACUAGGUACUCAAAAUUACAGAAUAAUUUAUACGAUUUACUCCAAUAAAGUCUCAAUUAUCUGCUCAGACUUAAAUGUGACCCAAUAUGAGUCUAUGAUGGGUGUAAAACCAAAAAUUUAUGCCUUACAAAGAAUUACUGAAGAAUUAGAAAAUUUGUUUUCCAGUGAAGCUAUAGAAAGGAAAAAAAUAAUUUCACAUAUGAAUGGGAGUGGCGGACUAUUUUUUAAUGAAUUUUCUGUUAUUCCAUACUUGAAACAAAAUAUAAGGGAAUUGCAUGCACAGCACAAGCUGCAGUUUAAGCCUGUUCCUAAGCCAAAAGUGCCAGAAAUUGAGGUAAAAAAAGAAGUGGAAGAAGUAGUUAUGGAAGAAUUUGAAGAAAAUAUUACGGUAGGAGUUAAAAAUGAACCCAAAAAAGUGACAUUUAGUAAAAUUCGUGAUAUGAUGGAAAUUGAUGAUUUAGAUGAUAUAAUGAUGCAAGAUACCAUAGAAACUGAUACUAUUGAAGAAAUAUUGCCUGUUAAGAGAUGCAAUUUAGGGGAAAAUGAUGAGCAUGGACACAAAAUUAAAAAAGAGGAAGUCGUUGAAAUUGAUAAAGAGAGUCAAGUAGAGGAGAAAGAACCUGAAAAAGAACAAGAACGCGUUUACGCAGUCAAAAAAUCUGCAGCAAAAGCAUCAUAUCUAAAUAGCGUGCCUGAUAUAAGGGCUAUAAGUAAAAGCAGUGGGAAAAUGAAACAAAUAGGGCUGGCUUGUUUUUAUAGUAAAGGAUAA